GCUAAAAAGCUGCCUCUCCGGUUCAGUACACAGGAGUUGAAGGGUUUUUAACCUCGGUUUCUAUCAAUUGACUUUCAGGUCAAACUUUCAUCUUGGUUCCAAUCGACUUUUUUGCUACCUGUGGAUUCAACAAUGAAGCGGUUGCAGCUUUGCUUCAGUAUUCUUCUGGUGAUUAUGAUCAUGUGCUUUGCUUUCCUCAAUGUUCAAGAAUCCCAAUAUGAACCGAGCGGAACCGAACCAAACAAAAUUAAUUUGGACUGGCCGGAGAUCAAUUACAUCCCUAUCAGUUCGUACUUGACUAACCAAAGUACUCAUGAUCUCCUCAAACCUGAAUGGACGUUAGUGGGCACUGACCCGGAGACCUACAAGGGUCCAAUUGUGAAAGGAUGGCCUCCGGGCAAAUCCCGAGACAUGCGCCAAAUCAUGGUCAAGGACUAUGUCAUUGAGCAAUGCUCCAAUCAAGAUCUGAGCGGAGUUAAGCUCUUCAUUGGCGUGAAAACGGUGGCAAAUCGCUUUGAAGCCCGCGAUACCACCCGAGAGACUUGGGCCUCGUUCCAGCACAACCACCCGGAUGUGAAGGUCAUGUUUUUCUCGGGCGAAGUGGAGGAUCGUCAAGUGAGGAACAGUUUGCGAACGGAAGUCCAUACCCAUUGUGAUUUGGUAAUUGUCCAUGGACUGGACACCUAUCAAAAUGUGACCUUGAAGACCGUGUCCAUAUUGAGCUUUAUUCAUGACCACCAAUUCGGUCUGAACCCGGAGUUGUCCAUGAUCAUGGACGACGACUCGUAUUUGAAUCUCCACCGACUGUAUUAUUUGACGUCGCAUAGGCUACUGGCCAAACCCGUGGAUACUGCUUUGACGGGAUUUGUUUACGGAGGAACGUUGUUGAGGCCCCCCGUUGACUCUACAAGAAAGUUCACAGACCCUUCAAUUUGUCCCACCUACAUGUUUAAAGGGGAUCGAUUUCCCCCUUUUCUGAGUGGAUCGGGAUAUAUUCUGCCCCGAGCUGUGAUUCCGUGUCUCUACGAGCAGACCAGGCGUCUCCCGUUCCUUCACAUUGAUGACGUGUUUCUGACGGGCUUUUGCGCGGAAGCGUGCGGUUUCAUGAGAAUCACGCACUCUCAAUUCUCGCCCGGCCACAAGAACUUUGACGAGAUCACGUGCCACCAAAUUGUCCUUCAUUACCAAUCGGUGGAGGAGCGCCUCCGUAUUUUUCAGAAGCUUUCCAAAGAGUGCUUGUAGUGAUAUUCAAUUAUGAGUUUCGAAAAAGGGCUUUGCUUUUUCUUGUCAAAUUCUAGACAGAAGACAUUGAACGAGGGCUUGAAGUUUUUAUAUACAAUAAAUGUUGAUUCCAACAA